AGAGAGAGAGAGAGAGAAAAGCAAAGGAAAGAGGCAGGCAGAGAAAGUUUGUGUGAAUAUCAGAUAGAUAGAGAGAGAGAGAGAGAGAGAGAGAGAGAGACUGAGAAAGAAGAGAACGCAAAGCAAAGUAGCUGUUAGUUUUUCCAUUCAUUUUAGGGAACACUGUUUUGGAUUUUGUUUGUAUUUUUUGAAUAUAAAGGGGUCACAUAUUUGUAGUAGUAGUAGUUGUUGUUUCUGAAGAAAAGGACUUUGUAUUGCUUUGCUUUUCUUUCUGAGUGAGUGUCUGUGUCUGACUUUGCUUCUGUAAGUUUUGGAACUCGCUAAAAUUUUCUAUCUUUUAGGUAAGGAAAACAUUUUCUAUUUUGAUUUUCUUUCCUGGGUCCUCCCAUUUGGACUUCUUUAGUGUUGAGUACUAUAUAUUAUUAUUAUUAUUAUUAUUCUUUUGGUAGAGGAGUUGUGGUGUGGUAGAGAAUGCAGCAUUUGUGAGUUGGGGUUUCUACAGAUUCACAUUUUCAUCUACCUCUAAUAUUCUUUCGUCAGAAGGAAAAAAAGAUGCGAUUCCGUGACGAAAUGGCGAUUCUUUGCGUCUUUCUUGUGAAGAUUUCAUGUGAAAAAUUCGAUUUUUAUCUGAUAUUCCGAGGUUUUUGAGCACUCUGAGAGAGAAGAGGCUUCUCUCAUGGGUUUCCUGAGCAUUUCCCGGCAAAACUCGGAGCAUAUCAGAACUGGGGUGGAUUUCCUUUUCUUCCACGGGGGCUGAAGCUAAACAAAAAAAAAAAAAAAAAAAAAAAAAAAAAAAAGAGCUUAGCCUUUUCUGGUGUCAAAACGAAAAAGUUGUUGAUUUUGAAGGUGGGUUUGGGUUUUUGCUAAUUAGUCCUUUUCAAUCUGGUGUGCAUAGAGUGAAGCUCCUGGAAGACCAUUCUGAUAUGUGGGUUCUGUUAAAUUUGUGAGCUUUUAAACUCAAAACUUUCUUUUCUUGAUUUGCUUGGUGCGGCUAUCUAUUUUUUCUAUGGAUGGUAGAAGAUAUACCCGAAAUAUAUUUGUUCUGCUUCUAUUUUCCUUCGUAUUUUGCCUCCACAAUCAAACUGUGCUAUGCCAAGAGAUUACGAGCAAAAAGAUCGGUUCCGAGCCUCCAUCGCCGUCUGUUCCACACCACUUCAAAAACGGGCUUCGAAGAAUCAUUCUCAGCGUUGCUUUAGGAGUAGUGACUGGACUAAUUGGUGCCCUUCUCUUUGCUUGUUUAGUUCGAAGCUUUCUUAUGUACAUACACAGGACCCCAAUUCUCAGAGGCCCUGUUAUUUUUUCACCAAAAAUCGAUCCAAAAACACUCCAAUCAGCUCUGGCAAAUGAAAAUCAGUUGCUAGGAUCGAGCUCGAGUGGCAAGUACUACAGGACUGUUCUUGACAAUGGACUAACCAUUGCGGUCAAGAUGCUCGAACCCUUUUACGAGAGUGGCUCGCCGGAGGCGCGUGGAAAGUCAGCGAAGAGAAGGAUACAGCAGGAGCUAGAAGUGCUUGCUAGCUUGAGAGAUAGGAACUUGAUGAGCCUGAGGGCUUAUGUUAGGGAACAUGAUAGGUUCUCUUUGGUUUAUGAUUAUGUGCCCAGUGGGAGCUUGGAGGAUGCGAUGAAUAGAGUCAGGGAAAAUCAGUUGCAGCUUGGUUGGGAAUUCCGGCUUCGAAUCGCUGUUGGGGUGAUUAAGGGACUUCAGUAUCUUCACUCAUUUGUUCCCCAGAUUCUGCACUAUAACUUAAAACCAACAAAUGUGAUGUUGGAUGCACAGUUUGAACCAAGGUUGGCAGAUUGUGGGUUGGCAAAGCUUAUGCCUAAUUUCAAUCGGGCAACAUCUGGUUAUAGUGCUCCUGAAUGUUUUCAAAAUGGCAGGUAUACUGAUAAAAGCGACAUUUUCAGCUUUGGUAUGAUAUUGGGUGUUCUGUUAACUGGUAGAGACCCAAUCGAACCAUUCUUCGGUGAAGCAGCUAGUGGUGGAAGUUUGGGACAGUGGCUGCGGCACUUGCAACAAGCAGGGGAGGCACGGGAAGCAUUAGAUAAGAGUAUUAUAGGGGAAGAAGGGGAGGAAGAUGAGAUGUUAAUGGCAGUGAGAAUUGCUGUUGUAUGCCUAUCAGAUUUGCCUGCAGAAAGACCUUCAAGCGACGAACUCGUUCACAUGCUAACCCAAUUGCACAGUUUUUAAAAUCAAAUGGUCUCUUGGAGGGGCAUGAAAAAACUGGAACCAAACAUAAAGUCAGCCAGAUGGUGGGGAUGUUGAGAAAACUGAGGUCAUGCAUAUGGGGCCAAAAGUUUUCAUGCUUAAAGCAAGUUUAAAAAGCAUGGGGGAGCAAAAAUAAUUGUCACUUACCCUUAUCCAGCUGUGAAUGUCAACCUAACAAAUUACAUGCGCUACAAAUUUUGCCAUCAUUUGUUUGGUUCUGGGCAUCUUGGUAGGCCAAUUUCAUCCCUCCAUUUUCAUCCGUACCCAGAUCCUCUCAAGCAGAGACACCAUCAAAUUACCAUCUAAAACGUGUUUGAAAUACAAUUUUCUUUUGCUUUUUGUUUUCUGUUUUCUGUUUUUUGUUUUUUUUUGUUUUUUUUGUUUUUUUUGUUUUUUUUUUUAAUAACUUUUUCCUAAGAAAUUUAGAAUAUAAUAACUAUGAUCAUCCACCUAAACACAAGUGUGAUGUAACUAUUUUUUGGGAGAAAAAGUGUGAUGCAACUAUUUUUUUGUGACAAAAUAACCGUUCUCUCCUGGGUUGUUCGUGAUUCUGUGAAGAGAUUUACCCAAAAACAAAAAAAAUGUUUGAAGAGAUGUUGCCUUGUACAUGGACUCUAUACACAGGGCAAGGCAUAUUGCAAUAGGACUUGUCCCUACACUAAAUUGCUAAUAGGCUUAUUAAAUAAUUACAAAAUCAGAUGGCAUUCUGAGAGUGAAGGCUUAUGGCCAUUGAU